GACCCAGGACCAGCAGUGGGACGCCAUCACUGAGAUGGAUGAGCACAACCGGCCCAUCCAUACUUUCCAGGUUUGCAAUGUGAUGGAGCCCAACCAGAACAACUGGCUUCGCUCCAACUGGAUCUCUCGACAGGCUGCCCAAAAGAUCUACGUGGAGCUUCGCUUCACCCUGCGUGACUGCAACUCCAUCCCUUGGGUGUCUGGUACCUGCAAGGAGACCUUCAACCUCUUCUACCAUGAGACUGAUGAGGCUCACGGUGUCAAAUUCAAGCCCCAACAGUACACCAAGAUCGACACCAUCGCUGCCGACGAGAGCUUCACUCAGAUGGACCUCGGAGAUCGCAUCCUCAAACUCAACACUGAGGUGCGGGAGGUGGGACCCAUGACUAGGAAGGGUUUCUACCUGGCGUUCCAGGACAUCGGUGCCUGCAUUGCCUUGGUUUCAGUAAGGAUUUACUAUAAGAAAUGUCCUUUCACGUUAAGGAACCUGGCCUCAUUUCCUGACACAGUGCCUCGUGUGGACUCUUCCUCAUUGGUGGAGGUGAGGGGGGCUUGUAUUGACCAUGCUGAAGAAAGAGACACUCCCAAACUGUUCUGUGGAGCUGAUGGAGACUGGUUGGUCCCCUUGGGAAGAUGCGUCUGCAGUAUUGCGUAUGAGGAGAUCGAUGGCUCAUGUACUGCAUGUCACCCAGGCUUCUACAAGGCAUAUGCUGGAAACAUCAGGUGUUCAAAGUGCCCUCCACAUAGUUUCAGCUAUGGAGAAGGAGCUGCUUUCUGCCGCUGUGAGAUGGGCUUCUUCAGGGCUGAGAGCGAUCCUCCAACAAUGGCUUGUACACGCCCUCCAUCUCCUCCCCGCAACUUGAUGUUUAAUCUGAACGACACCUGUCUGAUGCUGGAGUGGUCACAUCCCAGCGACACCGGGGGCCGCCGGGAUCUCACCUACAAUGUCCAGUGCAAACGCUGUGGCCCAGAGCCCGACCAGUGCCAGUUCUGUGAGGAGGAACUUCGUUUCCUACCACGACCAUUAGGUCUGACUGACGCCACAGUCACUAUCAUGGACUUCUCAGCCCACGCCAACUACACCUUUGAGAUUGAGUCCCUGAAUGGUGUGUCAGACAUAAGCUCCUUUCCUCGCCAGGUAGCCAUCAUCACCGUCAGCACUGAUCAGGGUGGUCCAUCUCUGGUUGGGUCUCUGAAGAAGGACUGGGCCUCUCCAAACAGUAUUGCUCUCUCCUGGCAGCAGCCCGAACAAACAACAAUGCUCAUCCUCGACUACGAGAUCAAAUAUUACGAGAAGGAACAUGAGCAGUUGAGCUACUCGUCGACACGCACCAAGGCUCCCAGUGUGAUCAUCUCAGGUUUAAAACCAGCCACCUGGUACGUCUUCUGUGUUCGCACCCGCUCACCAGCUGGAUACAGUUCCUACACCCCUAAAUAUGAAUACAAAACUACAGGAGACUCAUCAGACAUAGCUUCUGACCAAGGCCAGGUGUUGGUGAUUGUCACAGCAGCGGUUGGUGGCUUUACCCUCCUCGUCAUCCUCACCCUCUUCCUCCUGAUCACUGGAAGGUGUCAGUGGUAUUUUAAGGCCAAGAUGACUUCAGAGGAGAAAAGGACCAAUUAUCAGAAUGGACAUGUCCCCUUUCCGGGAAUAAAGACCUAUGUGGACCCUGAUACAUAUGAAGACCCCACGCAGGCCAUCCACGAGUUCACCAAGGAGAUCGACCCCUCCAGGAUCCGCAUCGAGAGGGUGAUCGGAGCCGGUGAGUUUGGCGAGGUGUGCAGCGGCCGCCUGAGAACUCCAGGGAAGAAGGAGAUUGCCGUGGCAAUAAAGACGCUGAAGGGCGGCUAUGUGGAGCGUCAGAGGCGGGACUUCCUGCGCGAGGCGUCAAUCAUGGGCCAGUUUGACCACCCCAACAUCAUCAGACUAGAGGGCGUGGUCACCAAAAGCAGGCCUGUAAUGAUUGUGGUGGAGUAUGUGGAAAAUGGAUCGCUGGACUCCUUUCUGAGGCAACAUGACGGUCACUUCACUGUCAUCCAGUUGGUUGGCAUGCUGCGUGGCAUCGCCUCGGGCAUGAAGUAUCUGUCAGACAUGGGCUACGUUCACCGAGACCUGGCAGCUCGAAACAUCCUGGUCAACAGCAACCUGGUGUGUAAAGUGUCAGACUUCGGCCUGUCCCGAGUCCUGGAGGAUGACCCAGAGGCUGCUUACACCACAACGGGUGGUAAGAUCCCCAUCCGAUGGACUGCUCCUGAGGCCAUCUCAUACAGGAAGUUCUCCUCUGCCAGCGACGCGUGGAGUUACGGCAUCGUCAUGUGGGAAGUGAUGUCAUAUGGGGAGCGGCCAUACUGGGAGAUGUCCAAUCAGGAUGUGAUUCUGUCUAUUGAAGAGGGCUACCGGCUGCCUGCACCGAUGGGGUGCCCCGUGGCCCUGCACCAACUGAUGCUGCACUGCUGGCAGAAGGAGAGGAGUCACCGGCCUAAAUUCACCGAUGUUGUUACCUUCUUGGAUAAACUGAUCCGUAACCCCAGCAGCCUGCUGCCACUGGUAGAGGACAUUCAGAGUCUACCGGAGUCUCCGGGGGAGGAAAUGGACUACCCGAUGUUCAUCUCCAUCGGCGACUGGCUGGACUCCAUUAAGAUGACUCAGUACAAAAGCAAUUUCAUGGCAGCUGGCUACAACACAUUGGAUUCUGUGGCGAGGAUGAGUAUUGAAGAUGUGAGGCGUAUAGGGGUGGAGCUGAUCGGCCACCAGAGGCGGAUCACCAGCAGCGUACAGACCCUCCGCCUUCAGCUACUGCACGAACAGGAGAAGGGUUUUCAUGUAUGAGGACAACCUUUAACACAACCUGGGAUGGACAGAUAGAUGGACCAGAGGGAAGUGAAGUCUAGACUAUUGGACAGACAGCCUACAGCCUGUGCCUGAGUCUUAACCCCUCAUAAAGGAGGCAAUUGGACAGACUACCACAGCAGACUGCCCCCUGGUCUCCCUCACAUCCAUUAGUAACAGACUAUUUCCUACUAUACACCCCUUACCCAGUAUAUCUGGCUCUGCCAGACUAUUGCAGCCGGAUCGACUUUAAAGACGGGCCCAGGCCCUCACUUAGGGGAAUGUAAUGCCUUGUUGCAGCAGCAGUACUUUGUGUGUGAAGCAACAAUAUCUAGAGAUGUAGAUUUGCAAACGUAAUCUACCGGAACUUUUGACUAUUUUCUUUUUUUUUUUUGCCAUUUUCUCGCUCUGAGUUAUGUGCUCAUGUAGCUGCUAUCGGGUGUGCAAUCGAAAAGUAUCCUCAAUAUCUUUUAUUUCAGAGUUUGAUUAUUUACCAUGGAGGUGUUAUUUGCUUUGCUUUAGUUAACCCUCUCUCCAGAGAAUCUGGUAUGCGAAUACUUGAAUAAAGAAGUGAGAAGCAAGUUAUGGAGAUUUCUUGAAUGUUCAAAAGUGUAUAGACAAUUAAUCGAUAAUUAUUAUCAUAACCUAAUAUCUAUAUAUGUGCAGUCCUGUAUGUGAAAGCCCUAGUAAAUCUGGAUCUUAUUUAAGAUGUUUUAUUUAUUUCUGAUUUUUAUCCGAAUCAGCAAUACAGUAUUAUGCAGUCACCUCAGUAUCUCAGAGAAAGAUGAAGAAUUGUGCAAUGAGAGAACUCUUGUUGACAUGUUAACAUGAGGCUCCCACCACACCAUCCACCUGUUUCUAUUGUCACAUGCUUACCUUGCAGAACUGGAUCCGUUGCCUUCAGAUGAAUAACCAUACAAGUCUAUUCUGACAGUUUUUAGCAACCAGUGUACUCGCAAUUGUUUAACGAUAAGCCUGAUUUAUUUUGGAUUGUAAAUGUUAUACAUUGCUUGAAAGUACACAAUCUCCACUGUCCUAACAUAUGAAUGUGAACAUAAUUUAGAUAUUUAGAUAGGAGAUGUUUGUCUGGAAACUUAACAUGGACUUAUAUGGUUCUUCAGAAUUAGCCGAAAUGCUUUAAUAUACAUUAAUUAUCUUUUUGCCUGCACACGCACUAAUGCAGUGCAUUUCGUGGACAAGGUUGAUCUAAGAUGUCAGAGCAGAAUAGUGUGUCGUAGAUGCAAAGCUCUACUCCAGUCUGUUUUUAAAUUGUGGUCAUGUGAAGGUUGUGGCAUUUGUGGCAAUAUGGGAAACCAGUGUACAUAGAUGUAGUCUGGAAUGAAAAUUGUUGGAUCUGCAGUAGAUAAUGUCAAUUUGUCAGAUGUUUGCCAUUAAAAUAAUCAUUUUUCUUCAUCCACUAACUCAGUGGUUAAUAGGCAUUGCUGCAGAAUAUAGCCAGUUAGUUGAGUUGGGGGCAGCAGAAGUAGCUAAAACCUGGUGGAUAGAAACCGGUGAGUAGUCUAUGGUUUAUGUGAUCAGGACAGAGCUGUCCAGCAGAGACAGUAAGUGACUUUAAUGACGGCAGAGGGAGAAUAAAUAUAAACAGCAGCAUCAUAACUCAUCAUGUGUCAUUCUAACAUCACCAGUAACAAACACACUUACUUACACACACACACACACGCACGCACACACACUUACACACCCACGUAGAAUGCCUUACAGUCCGUUAACCAUGCAAGACAGAGACACUUUAGGUGUGGUUCAUAAGUUUCAGUGCAGUCACAGGACCUAGCCAUUACUUUGAGUUGUAUUCCAUAUUCAAGAGAGCGACCGCCCCUCUACAGCAAUGGUUUUUCUUACGAAUUGUGGCUCGAUGAUUAAUGUCAAAGGCAGACUGGAUCUAGAGAUCUGUGCCUUUCGGUCACAGCGUAGUUAUGCAUCCCAGCCUGCAGGAGUAGGAAAGUUGCACACACACAUCCAAACACACAUAUACACUCACAUACAAAGUAUUUGCGCACACACGCUCGCGGUCACCACCCUUCUACAGACUAAGGAGAAUAUCAGAUGCUGUUUGUUUAGCAUGUUCUACUGCUGAGCAAUGUUAGAAUGUUAUUUUGUACAAAGUACAAGUAUACUUACAAUUCUUGUAUUUUAUUUUUCUAUAAUUUCCAAAGAGAUGUUGUAGAUCUUCCACACUGUAAGAGGCAGUU